UGUUCUCAGGUGACCGACACGUUCCCACACGCACCGGAGACACCGAUACUCGUGUUUACGUUGAUGGAACAGAUUAAAGCGACAAACUGGGAUCAACUGCUGAGGUCGGUGACGUGAAUAAAACUGUGAUGGAGCGUUACGAGUCUCUGGGUCCGGUCGGGGAGGGCAGUUACGGCACUGUGGUCAAGUGCCGUCAUCGACACUCCGGUCGCUUUGUCGCCAUCAAGAAAUUUCUGGACUCAGAUGAUGAUGAGACAGUGAAGAAGAUCGCCCUCAGGGAAAUCAAGCUGCUCAGGCAACUGCGUCACGACAAUCUGGUGAACCUCCUGGAGGUGUGGAAACGCCGUCGUCGCUGGUAUCUGGUGUUUGAGUUUGUGGACAGGACGCUUCUGGAUGAACUGCAGCAGUCCUCAAGCGGGUUGGACCUUAACACCUGUCGGCAGUACUUAUUCCAAAUCCUUAGAGCUGUCAACUUUUGUCAUCAACAGGAUGUCAUCCAUCGUGACAUCAAACCCGAGAACAUCCUCAUCUCUCAAGAGGGUGUGGUUAAACUGUGUGAUUUUGGCUUUGCCCGAACCAUUGCAUCGCCCUCUGAAGGUGGCGUCUAUACCGACUACGUAGCCACUCGCUGGUACAGGCCCGAACUGCUUGUAGGGGACAUCAAGUAUGGAAAACCGGUAGAUGUUUGGGCGCUGGGUUGUCUGUUGAUAGAGAUGCUGACCGCACAACCUCUGUUUCCCGGAGACUCCGACCUUGACCAGAUAUACCACAUUGUCAGAUGUUUUGGUAACUUGACGGCUCAUCACCAGGAGUUAUUUUACGGAAAUCCUGUCUUUUCUGGAGUGAAACUACCUGAAUGUUCAAAAAUUGUCCCACUGCAGCAACGCUUCCCUAAAGUUCCACCAACUGCCCUUGAUCUGACACAGAAAUGUCUAGAGAUGGACCCAAAAACACGAGCUCACUGUUCAGAUCUGUUAAAGCAUCUGCUAUUUACUCAAGACUCUUUCAACAUCAGAUUUUUAGAUGAGCUGAACACUAAAAUUCAAAAAGACCACAGAGAAAACUCCACACUUCCCAAAAUACCCAAAACGACACUGCCAGAAAAAGAUAAAGGGGAUGAUAAAAACUGCAAAAUCAAAGACAAGAAACAAUCAGAAGAAACUGAAGAUAAAGUAAACAAGGAUAAGACAGAGAAAACAAAGGGAAAACAACCAUCCAAACUGCCUAAAUCUAUUCAUAUCACCAAUGAAUCUUUUAUGACCAAACAACCAAAAGCAUUUGGCAAUAAGGACAUCUGUCACACAGAGCAGUUUUCAAUGAAACCAGAAAAAACACCUGGUUCAGAGUUAAAGGAGUUUGAGAUUUUAAAGUCAACUAAAAUCUGUCUCUCUGACUCAACAGAUGUCACCAAGAAAGCUGUGAGCUUAAAGAAAAAAACCUCAGUAGCAACAAAACCUAAAAAUAAACCUGAUGUGUCUCUAGACUCAGGCAAAGACUACCUUCAGAAGGCCAAAGAUAUAGACUACAGCAACCUGAAGCUCCUUGGGGAAACAUCUCAAUCUGAGACAAACGAAGAGUUUGUGAGGAACUCAAGCAACCUUAGCUUAAAAGUCAGUAAAUUAUCUAAAAUUCCCAUCACUGAUGGUGGAAGUUUAAAUUUAUCCCCAAAAACCAUUUUAGAAUCGGACACAAGUGUAGCACCUACAUAUCCUCUCCCAUCCUUCAAUGACUUUCCUACCCCAACAAUGGUCAAUGUCACAAAGUCAGGAAGGACAAGUUUGACAUCAAAGUUUCAGAUUGAGGUAUUGGAAACUAAUGCAAAGCACGACUCCUCUGAAUGUCCAAAAGCCAAACCCAAAAGCUUCAGGAAAUCCCAAACUAUUUCAACUAGUGGCCAACACACUCAAACACCUCAUUCAGUCCUUCAAGGGAUGCUGCAGAUCUUUCCAAACAGCCGUUUACACCUAUUACCGAAACCAGUGCUGCCCACAACCUGUCCACCCUACCUCAAGGACUCUCACUUUCAAAAGCAAAGACUCCUUCAAAAGACAAGGAACCUUCUGAUGACCAGGGUGUUAGGAAGUAUCACAGAUUCUUGAAGCUGAAUCCAAUGAUAGAAACUCCAACUAAACCUAUUUGGUUGGCC